AUGAAACCCUUUCCCGCAAUGGACGCGGAUUCGCCGCAGGAAGCUAACGAUGCCGCUUUCUUCUCUCCGUCGCAACAUCUUCUUUCCUCUCCCAUUGACGUUUUUGGCUCACCAAGCCUUCUCGCGCAACUACCACCAUCUGAUCGAACGCUUCGAUCUCAAUCUUCAAGCAACCCUCCUCGGCUGCAGCUCGUAUCAUCCAGCGUCGUCAGCGUAAGCGCAAACACCCGGAGAGGCAGGAGUAUGCCGACCCGACCAUCAAUGGCGGAGGAGGAAGAGGUUGACGAGCUAGACGAGUUUGCCGACCAAAUGGCUGUCGAUCUCGACUGUAAGUUUGCUGUUUCUACUGCCGGAUCCACGGACGUUGAAUGA